CUUGAAUGAUAACCGAGAUAACGAAGUAUUGCGGCCUUCUUUAAUAUCAAAUUAAAAGACAUCGAUCGAGGAACGAAGCCCUCGAACUUAUGUAUCAGCGUAAACUCGGACAUCUUUCCCCAAUUAACACACACCACUGAACUCAAUUCGUGUUCCAUAUUCUUUGAAGGUGUAUAAGGCAUCGAUUUUCCAAUAAACCCGAUUAGGGCAGACUUUAAAUACUUUCGUGUAGUAGAGGUUAUGACUUAGUGUUGUGAUGGUUUAAAUAUCUAGCAGAAAAAACGUGUAAGAAUAUCAUAUUGUUUAAGAAAGUGCACUCCCUACUGAGAUUGUACCAUCGCGUCAAACAAUCUCAUAAUUUAGCAGUGCCGUUCCGAACAAAAUCCAGAAUGGCGAGCGGUUCCUGGGAAGAAUUCUUUGCUGUUCAUUUGCCUCCAACUGACUUUGAAGAUAAUAGAUCUCUGUUGAAGGAGUUCUGUGAGAGACAUGAUCAAUAUGGAAAUAAGAUUGUCCUUGUCACGUCCGGAGGAACAACAGUGCCGUUGGAGCACAAUACGGUUCGUUUUGUAGAUAAUUUCAGUGCUGGUACACGGGGUUCAGCAUCGGCUGAGUACUUCCUCGAGCACGGCUAUGCGGUGAUAUUCAUGCACAGACAAAAGUCGUUGGAGCCGUUCACGAGACACUUCACGGGACAAAAGCUUCUGGAUAUGCUGGAUUUACAAGAGAGAGGACCCAACACCACUAUAACUGUGAAGCCAGACAGCGUGUUCGCACUCGCUCCGGUCCUCGCCCGGUAUCAGGCCGCUCAUGCAGCUGGUGCACUCCUGCAUGUAUCGUUCACAACAGUAUCAGAAUACUUCUGGUUGUUGAGAGCAGCCUGUGAAUGCCUCGCCCACACUGGCGCAAGAGCUGUCCUGUACUUGGCCGCGGCUGUAUCAGACUUUUAUAUACCUAAGGAUAGAGUCCCAACCCACAAGAUGCAAUCAGCGAGCGGAGCCCCGGUGAUUCAGCUCCACCUGGUUCCUAAGAUGUUGGCGCCUCUCGUCAACCUCUGGGUGCCUGAAGCUUACGUGGUGUCGUUCAAGCUGGAAACCGAUGAAAACCUCCUCAUACCUAAAGCCCGGGCUGCGUUGGAGAAAUAUAAGCAUAAGAUGGUCGUAGCCAACCUGCUGCAAACCCGCCAUCACAGGGUUAUCUUGGUCACCUCUAACGCCGUACAAGAAAUUGUACUAACCAGGGAAGAAGUACACGCGGGCGUGGACAUCGAGAGUAUGAUAGUUGGUGAGCUGGUCCGCCAGCACGCCGAGCACAUGUCUGCUCGUCCACGCUGAGUAUCCCGCGCCCGCCUGGCGAGGCUCUACCUCACGGACUAGGCGCGGCGGACUAUACACACCGCGGACUAUACGCAUCGCGGACUAUUUACACCGCGGACUAUACGCGAUGGACUGUCAGUGUCGAUGUUGUGUUUGUAAAUCCGAUUUACCUCUAAAAUUUUUACUAAUUGAUUGUAUAUAUCGUUUAGCGAUGUUUUUUUAUGUAUCUCUCCAAGUCAUUCGAGUGGCUAGUGGCCUUUGGACAUAUAUUCCUUCCCCGUGUAUUAAACUUAAUUAAGAUAAUGUUUUGACCCCGUUCUUUGUGUACUAUGUGAUAGUAGAUAUAUAUAUACUGGACUAUAUUUCUACAAUGUAAUCGUGUCCUUAUAUUUAGUGAUCGAAAGCUGUGAAAUUAAAAGUUGAUAUCAUAUUCGAAGUCUCCUCAGAUGUAUUGACAUAACUCCGGUGACGAGACGUUUAAGAAAAAACGUUAUAAUAUGAAUGUUUGAAUUUCAAUAUUGCCAAGUACAUAGAUAUAUAGAAUCGUGCUGUGUUUUUGAUUAUAUUGAUAUGUAGAUGAUAAAUUAAUGUUGUUGGUGUUUUUUUUGGUGUGUUUAAAAUAUAUGUGGUGUUCGGACUAUAAUAAGUUACGAUAAGAUAGUGAUCCACACUAGCUCGCGUGUUGCUUCGGAUAGUCUGUUGGAUCCAUAUUAUUAUUAAGGUUAGUUUAGCUACCUUAAUAACAAUUUGUUUACAAUAUUAAAAUCCACACUCGAAGGUGACUAAGUUCCGUGAAGAUAUUUGUUAUGAUAUUGUUCGUAUAGUCUGUAUGAGUAAUAUAUUUAAAAGUAAGUUAGUUGAAGACAAUACAGUCUAAAACGCGUGUAUUCAGAGUUUUUUAUGGUAUUUAAACUAUUGUUAAAUGAAUUUACAUCGGUGUUGGUGGAAAAUUAUUGUGUGCUAAACGAUUGGUGUUAGUUUAAGUAAAUGUUUAUUGGCGUGACUGACUCUAGAGGACGAGUGACCAUCAUUAUAUGAACUUGGGUUAGUAAUGAUUUACUUAUGAUUGUUAUAUCAGCGUUGCGUUCGGUUUUUUUUUUCAAUCGAAACCUUCGGGGAUGCCUUUUAAUAAUUUUAAAAUGUACCUUCUAUUGUGACAGCUGGUAGCCAUAUCAAUAAUCUCAAUGUAAUAUAUACAUAUAUAUACUUUUUGUAAUAGCUGUAUAUUUUUAUAAAAUAAAUAAAUUUUUAAUAUUAUUUCACUGUUCGAGUUGCGAUAAUUCGCUGUUAUAUUUUCGACUAUAGUCCAUAUCGCAUAUAAUAUGUUGCUAUGAAAUUGGUCGUUUUACAAAAGUACAUAUCAAUGGAGUUAAAUUGAGUGUAUAAAUAUAUUAUUGAUAGUAUAUAUGUUGUCAUGGUAGUAAAUGAAUUUUGACUCGUUUCUAUUACUUUGAAGUGGUCGUGUUCAAAGUAGGGCGAGACGAUAGUGCUUGACGGUUGGUAUUUUUUUAUCUGUGUAUGCAUUAAUUUUGAGAUUCCAAUGUACUUGAAUUAAAAUACGUAAAUAUAUUUUAUUGAUGAGAAUUCUUUAAAUUUAUUAUAAUUAUUUAACUAUUUUCGCUUACGUAAAAUGUUACUUCACAUUUGUUAUUUAUUGUUGUGUUUUUUUCCACAAAACCUAUUACAUUUCGAAUAAGGAACAACAAUUUCACAGCUGCAUUUGGUAAUUAUCAUGAAAAUUAUGAAGCCAUAACUCGAUUAUCAAUAUUCUAACAAAAACAGUGUAUAUUUUCAUUGAAUUUAAUUACAUUUCAUGAGAAAUACUUUAUUCAUAACAUUAUUUGAAAGGCAGUGAUUCUCUUUUCAGUAUCCAAAUCAUUGUAAAUAUUCAUAUUGACUUUUUGAUGGAAAAAUAUUGUAAUGUUCCGUGUUUCAAAUUAAUUAAUGAAAAAAGUUUAUCAAAAUAUAAAUGUGAUCCCAUAAGUCACAUUCAUAUCCAGACGCGAGGUCGAUAUAAGUAACUUACUUUUUUCAUGAAACUUUCCCCGCGUUAUCUAUUCCAUGAAAAAAUAUUUCUUAGAUUUUGCUACAAAUGAAAUAGAUGUUAGAGAAAAAAAAAAUAACAACUUUACUUUUUAUACGGAGAUUCAGCAUAUUUAAGUUGUUACUAACAAUAAGUCGUUUUCUGUUUAACGAAUUCUCAUCGUCUACGUGUGACAGAAAUAGUAGAUGUAAGCAAUAGUAUUAUAUUUAAUUUUAAAAAAAAUUGGUAAGGUUUGAUAAUUAUGUUUCUCGAAUUUAUAAUAUUUGUGUUAUCAUUUAUAAAAUCGUUUAAAAAUAA